AUGGGUGGUGCUUAUUGGAUAUCAGAGAUUAUCGUACUAACUAAAUGUGUUUAUAGUGGGUACAUUGAAGGGGUUGUACGUGGUUACAGAAAUGGUCUUUUAACAGACAAUCAAUACAUCAAUUUAACUCAAUGUGAUACUUUGGAAGAUUUAAAAUUACAACUAUCAUCAACAGACUAUGGUAACUUUCUUGCAAAUGUUCCAUCUCCAAUCUCAACAUCAACUCUUCAAUCAAAAGCUUCACAAAAACUAUACAACGAAUUCAAUUAUAUUAGAGAUCAAGCAGUACAGCCAUUAGCUAAAUUUAUGGAUUAUAUUACUUAUGGUUAUAUGAUUGAUAACGUUGCAUUAAUGAUCACAGGUACUUUACACGAUAGAAACAAGGCUGAAAUUUUGGAAAGAUGUCAUCCAUUAGGUUGGUUUGAUACUUUACCAACUUUAUCUGUUGCUAAUGAUAUUGAAUCUCUUUAUCAAACCGUCUUGGUUGACACUCCAUUAGCUCCAUAUUUUGAAGGUUUAUUAACUGCUGAAGAUUUAGAUGAUUUAAACAUUGAAAUUAUCAGAAACAAAUUAUACAAGGCAUAUUUAGAAGAUUUUUAUAAAUUUUCUCAAGAACAACCGGAUCCUUCAAAUACUAUAAUGAAAACUUUAUUAGAAUUUGAAGCUGAUAGACGUGCUAUAAAUAUUUCAUUAAACUCUUUUGAUUCAGAAUUAUCUGAAUCUGAAAGACAAUCAAUCUUACCAACUUUUGGUAAAUUAUAUCCAUUAGGUACUCAAGCAUUAGCAAAAGCUGAAGAUAUUGAAUCAAUUCGUUCAGUUGUGGAAAACGUUUAUGAAUAUAAAUCAUUUUUCGAUAAUGUUGGUGGGAAAACUCUUGAAGACCAUUUUUAUAAAUUAGAAAUGGAAUUAUGUAGAGAUGCUUUUGCUCAACAAUUUACUGUUUCAACAAUUUGGGCUUGGAUGAAAUCAAAAGAACAAGAAGUUAGAAAUAUUACUUGGAUUGCAGAAUGUAUUGCUCAAAAUCAAAAAGAACGUAUAAAUAAUUAUAUCUCUGUUUAUUAA